AUGUGGCUCUAUGUGAUCCUCGGGCUCGCUGUCAUCCUCAUCAUCCUCAAGUCCUGGCUGGGGGGCCGAGGACCCAAUCCUUUGGCUAGGGACACCAGGAGACCCCCAGGACCGGUGGUGUUUGAUAAAGCUGCCAAGAGAAAGGUGAUUAAGAAUGUUUUCUCUACUGAAAAAGUACCAGAGAAACUGGAUGCCAUUGUUAUCGGAAGUGGAAUUGGAGGACAAGGAGUGGCUGCACUACUUGCCAGGGCUGGAAAACGGGUGCUGGUCCUUGAACAGCUUGGAAAACUAGGAGGCUGCUGCCAUACUUUCAAUGAGAAAGGCUAUGAGUUUGAUGUGGGAAUACACUACAUUGGUCAGCUCAAUGAACGAUCACCAUUUCGGAUAUUGGUGGAUCAGCUGACAGAUGGUCAGUUGCAGUGGUCACCAAUGGACGACCCAUUUGAUGUGGUACUAAUUGGGGAUGUAACAAAUGGCCGUCGAUAUAAUAUGUACGCUGGCAUGCAGACCUAUAUUGAUGAGCUGAAAAAGGCUUUUCCGGGAGAGGAAAAGGCCAUUGAAAAUUUUAUGAAGCUCGUUAAGAAAGUUGCUCAUCGUGUUAGUGACUUGGGUGUCCUGAAGUACUUGCCUUUGCCGAUUGCCCUCUUCUUGUGCAGAACUGGCCUGGUGAAGUUGUUGUCCCCAUUCUUCCGCUAUGCUUCUCGCAGUGUAACAGAGGUUGUCAGCGAGUUCACCAAGAAUAAGGAGCUGCAAGCUGUGUUUAGCUACAUCUUUGGCACCUAUGGUGUUUUCCCAGAUAAAGCCAGUUUUGCUCUACACUCUGUAUUGAUUGACCACUUCAUGCGUGGAGCUUGGUACCCAACUGGAGGUGCCAGUGAAAUCACAUACCACCUCGCUCCAACAAUUGCAAAGGCUGGGGGUGCUGUGCUCUCAAGAGCAACAGUGGAGAAGAUUCUGCUCAAUGGAGACGGAAGAGCAUGUGGUGUCUCUGUCAGAGGAAAGGGCAUGGAUCCAGUGAAUAUUUUUGCUCCUAUUAUCAUUUCUGAUGCUGGAAUUUAUAAUACAUAUGAAAAACUUCUACCUCCCGAGGCCAGAGCACUCCCAGGGAUCCAGUCCCAGCUGAGCAUGGUGAAGCAUGGCGCAGGAGGCUUCAGCCUUUUUAUUGGUGUUAAGGGCUCUAAAGAAGACGUCAACCUUCCUGCCUCUAAUUACAUCUACUUGCCAGACUCCGACUUCAAGAAACUGGAGAAAAAAUACCUUGAUAGUUCUGCAGAUGAUGCUCCAAAUCACAUCCCAAUGUUGUACAUUUCUUCCCCUUCUGCAAAAGAUCCCACCCAUGAGGAGCGUUGUCCAGGUAAAUCCACACUAACUGCACUUUCCUUCGCCCCCUAUGAGUGGUUUGAUGAGUGGAAAAACAAGAAGGUGCAGAAACGUGGACAAGACUAUGAACAAAUGAAGACUGCAUUUGCUGAGGCCAUGCUGGAGACCACCAUGCAGAUCUUCCCACAGAUCCGAGACAAGAUUGAUUGCUAUGCUAGUGGUUCUCCCCUCACCAAUGAGCACUACCUUGGUGCCUCACGGGGAGAAUUCUAUGGGGUAGAACAUGAUGUUGCCAGGAUGGAUCCUGAAGUUGUAGCAACCUUGAGACCUAAAUCCCCUAUAAAGGGACUUUACCUGACUGGUCAAGAUAUCGUAGUCUGUGGAUUUGCCGGAGCUCUCAAUGGGGCAGUAUUAUGUGCAUCAGAAGUCCUGGGACGGAAUCUCUUUUUCGACCUAAUGAAGUUACGACACCAAAUCCUUAAAAAUACCGCUAAAAAGGCUGAUUAA